CUGAAUUUGUUGGCAAAGGAUUGAACAACUUCGAGUGCCCCCAACGCAGCAUUCGCAUUUUGAUUAGCAUUCUGGCGCACGCGAAUAUUGAGCUUAUCUGUAGGCCAUUUAACCAGAAGACGCCAGAGGUAGCUGUUGGCAAACGUCACUUACUUUCGCAUACCGGUGCUCGUAUGAUUGAAAUUAUGGAGAAGCAAUGGAUAUAUCGUUCAGCUUUGGCCGUUCUAUUGGCAUUGACUGGCAAUAUUGUGCUUACGUGCGCAGAAGAUGGGCCUCUGUGCCUCGCCUACGGUGAUGGCAAAAGUUUCUGCAGCUCAUCUGACGUGGACAAUGGCAAGUCGCUUUCGAAUCUACUCAACUCCGUUCUUCAAUUGCCGGUUGACCGAAAAGGUCGAAUGGAGUUGGCAAUCAAUGAGCCCUUCACAGACCCGAUACCCGAAGCGAUAGGGCCUUUGAAAGCAAACCAAAAACUGGACGAAAACAGCCAAGUGGUAAUGAGUUUCCUAAACGGACCGGAAUCCCUCGCUGUUCAAGCAGAUUUUCUCUACGCAGCCACAGCUGAUGGAGUGUAUCAGAUUAAUAUGAAGACCCAGGAACAAAAGAAGCUGUACGACGCAAGGGCGGGCUGUAACUCUUCUUACACUACAUCUUGCAGUCGACCUUUAGGCAUUCGCGUCAAAGAUUUAACGAUACUCUGCGCAGAUCCUUUAAAAGGACUGUUACAAAUUGACAUCGAUUCAGGAAAUGUAAAAGUUCUUAUUCCGGCGCUUGCUGAGGUCGAAGGCAAAAAGAUGCUCAUGGCCGAUGAUUUGGACGUUGACUGGGAGCGGGGACUCAUCUACUUGAGCGAUGUAAGCACAAAAUAUGGGUUUCAUCGAUGGGCAUGGUCUAUUGUAGACAACGAUGCUUCUGGAAGGGUGAUCCAGUAUAACCUAGCGACCGGCGAGGCUUCAGUUUUUGCGAAAGAUAUUCGUUUCCCUAACGGGAUCCAAAUUACUCACGAUGGAAAAUCUUUGCUCGUAUCUGAAUUUACCGCUAGGCGAAUCCUACAGUAUCCUCUUGGUCAACCACUUCCAGUAAAAGGGACUCCGUUCACCAAACAUCCUCUGCCAGGCUCUCCUGACAACAUCCGACCCUCGCUUUCUGGUGGUUACUGGGUGGCUCUUCCUCUAGGGCGAAUCAACGGAAGCCGAACGUUUGUCGAUGAACUACAGGCUCGACCGACUGUGGCGAAAAGAUUGGGUGAUUGGAUAUUAUCCAUUGGAGAAGCGGCUCAGCUAAUUGGACAACUUGGAGAAAGCAAAGACCUGUCUGAUAUUGGCGUUCAGUUGCAAUCUGGGGCCAUUCUUCAAAACACAUACCCGCGCGUAAGCACUAUAGUCGAACUUGAUGCUGAGGGCAAUGUCUUGCAAGCACUGCAGACCUACGAGCAUAGGCUUAUCACACAAGCAACGGAGCUGGAUGACGGGCUCUAUCUUGGAAGCCUCCUGAACAAGUACAUCGUGUUUGUACCGCGUUCAAGCUAUGGCCGUUCAUAAGCAGUCAGAUUCUGCUUCAUACAUAUAUUUCAUACAUGUAUGAAAACACAGAAAUAUGAAUACGUUUUUGAAAGUCAUUGGAAUAGUAGCCAUAUGUCUUCGUCUAGAGAUACACGCAUGGUCACUAUUCAGUUUUUAUACACAAACAUAAUAAAUAAUAAAUGACGAUUCAGUAUGCAACGAUAAAAUUAAACUGAAACACGUUUUAAUAUAUAGAAGUUUUUUAUUUUAUUAAAGGAAAAACUCAAUUCACAGUAAAUAUACGAAAAAUGUUUAUUUUAGCGACCAUGCUAAGAAAAGGGAGUGAUGUGCGACGAUGAACACGUUGAAGUACAGAGACACCUUGAAUAUAUACAUACGUUUGCCGAGAUGACUUAGUAGCAACGCUAUGGACAGAAAGUACAAAGUCUUUUAUUUCUGGGAAUCAUGCAAAUUGAUGCGAACUUGUUUCGUACUUGCAGAUUUGUCAACAGAGCUUUCUUUACUUAUAAUAAUUAAUUCAUUAAUAGUGAAAAUUGAAAACCUUCUUUUUUGAGAAGGAAUCCAGGUAAAUUUAUUCGGUGUACCCGUGCUGGUGCUAACAAUUAGAAAUUCCUAUCUACUCAUACGAACAAAUCCUUCAUUCGUCUAUAACAGAGGACACUUCCAAUUUGAAUUUUUCCUAUUGUGAUAUCAUUUGGAGCCGUUAACGUCGACAUCUCAUUCAUGCUAAAAUUAAUGAAACUAAAUUUAAAUAAAGGAGCCUUAACGCUAGAUAAGUCAAAAACAGUAAAAAGUGAUGAAUAACAAACACUAUAAGUAAGAAGAUUUUCUCUGUGCGAUAACUCUUGUUUCCAUGUGGAAAAAAGAAUUUUUUCCUUUUAUAAUGGUCAAGAAUUUUGAAAGUGCGAUUUUGCCAAUACACCGAAAGACACUAUUUUACUAACUAGCCGGAUUAUCCAAUUGCCAUUAAAUGGUGUCUUUCACUUCAGUCCGUGGAGGAGAGGUAAAGUAAUCAAAACAUAUGUAUAUCUAAUAACUAAGAGAAUAAAAUAAAUAAGGGUUUAAGUAAUGAUUGAUUUAUUUUGAUGGCA